ACGGGGGUGAAGUCUCUCGCCGGCUGCAAAAUGGGCCUCUUCCGACCGCUCCUGUGCGCGGCCCUGGCCGCCGACGGGUUCGCCCCGUCCCCCAUGACCCCCACGGCCCACAGACGGCCACCCACCUCCGUUUUUUCGACGAUCGAGGGCGCCCCGGAGGUCGCCUCCGCGCUCCGACGAGCGAUGGAGAAGAAGGCGCCGGUCAUCAACGCGCAGCAGCUCAAGGACCUCGCGAAGAACCGCAAGUCCAUCGAGAAGACGUUCGCCGCCCCCGCGGCGCCGUCGCCCGCCGACGGGGCCCACCUGGGCGCGCGCGGCACGUCGGUUGAAGCGCCGCCGCUCAGCAACGAGGAGCUCGCGGCGUGGUUCGCCCCCAGCGCGGCCAAGGCCAAGGAGGUGGCGGGGGCCGUGUCGUACAAGGACCGCGACGAGGGCCUCCACUGGCAGAUCCGGAACAUGGGCCAGACCGCGCUCCUGAGCUCGGACGAGGAGAAGGCGCUCGCGCGGCGCGUGCAGCGGCUCUGCACCUGGGAGGGCAUCCGGGCGAACCUCACGGCGUCCCUGGGCCGCGAGCCCACGGAGCUCGAGUGGGGCGCCGCGGCGCGCAUCAGCCGCGCCGCGUGCGAGAACGGGUCCUUCGAGAAGGCGCGGAAGAAGUGCCUCAAGGCCAAGGCCGCGAUGAUCAACGCGAAUUUGCGGUUGGUCGUGUCCAUCAGCAAGCGCUACCAGCACCGGGGGCUCCACUUCCAGGACGUCAUCCAGGAGGGCACCUUCGGCCUCACGCGCGCCGUCGAGAAGUUCGACCCCGAGAAGGGCUUCAAGUUCUCGACGUACGCGACGUGGUGGAUCAAGCAGGCCGUCAUGCGCGCCAUCGCGGACCAGAGCCGCACGAUCCGCCUCCCCGUCCACGUCCACGACCAGCUCCAGUCCAUGAAGAAGGUCACGCGCGACCUCGGCGCGGAGCUCGGCCGCGAGUGCACCGACGAGGAGCUCGCGGGCAAGCUCGACCUCGCCACCACCAAAAUGGACUGGCUCCGCUCCUGCGAGCGCCAGACCAUGUCCAUGGACGCCACGGUCCGCGUCUCGGGCAAGGGCUCGUCCGCGGGCACGGGCGGCGCGGGCAACGAGGCCAAGCUCUCGGACAACCUCGCGGACGCGGCCGCCUUGCCCGACGAGCGCGCGGAGACCAAGUCGCUCCAGAGCGACAUCCACGGCCUCCUGCGCACGGCCCUCAGCGACCGCGAGUGCGACGUCGUGCGCCUCCGCUUCGGCCUCGACGACGGCAAGGCGAGGACGCUCGAGGAGAUCGGCACCGUGUUCUCCAUCACGCGCGAGCGCGUGCGCCAGAUCGAGGCCCGGGCUCUCCACAAGCUGCGCCAGCCCUACCGCAACCACAUGCUCGAGGCCUACACGCAGAGCCAGGCCCAGGCCGCCUAGGCGCGGGCCGGGUCGGCGCCUCUCUGCACAUACCGCGCCCCGCCGAGAAGGGAACCGAGCCCUGCGCGCGUCGUCCGCGCACGCCCUGUCGCACCGCCGCUCCCGCUUAACAC